AUGGGUCUCUUUUCGGCUCUCCUCGACCAAUUGUGCGAGCAUUGCUCGUCCCAGUCCAUCUACACCCUCGUUGCAGUUGGGCUGUUGUCGUUCAUCUCCUUGUCCGUCGUCGUCAAUGUCCUACGCCAGUUACUUUUCAAGAGCCCCCAUGAACCCCCCGUGGUCUUCCAUUGGUUUCCUUUCGUUGGCAGCACCAUCAGCUAUGGCAUCGAUCCCUACAAGUUUUUCUUUGAAUCCCGCGCAAAGUACGGCGAUAUUUUUACAUUCAUUCUUCUUGGAAAGAAAACAACCGUUUACCUAGGCACAAAGGGUAAUGAGUUCAUCCUGAACGGCAAACUGCGUGAUGUCUGCGCUGAGGAGGUUUACUCGCCACUGACCACCCCCGUUUUUGGGCGCCAUGUCGUCUAUGACUGUCCUAACUCCAAGCUGAUGGAGCAGAAGAAGUUCGUGAAAUUUGGACUCACCUCCGAAGCGCUGCGCUCCUAUGUUCGUCUGAUUACCAACGAGGUCGACCAAUUUGUCAAGGACUCCGCCGCUUUUCAGGAUGCCAAGGGUACUUUCGACGUCUGCAAGGUGAUCGCUGAGAUCACUAUCUACACGGCAUCGCGCUCGCUUCAGGGUAAGGAGGUCCGGGAUCGCUUCGACUCCACUUUCGCCGAGAUGUACCACGACCUUGAUAUGGGUUUCGCGCCGAUCAACUUCAUGUUGCCCUGGGCUCCUCUCCCCCAUAACCGCAAGCGUGAUGCGGCGCAGCAAAAGUUGACCGAGACGUACAUGGAGAUCAUCCGUAAGCGUCGCGAGGCUGGUGGCAAGAAGGACUCCGAGGACAUGGUGUGGAAUUUGAUGUCCUGUGUCUAUAAGAACGGUACUCCAGUUCCGGAUGAGGAGGUUGCCCAUAUGAUGAUUGCGCUGUUGAUGGCGGGCCAGCACUCGUCCUCUUCCACCGCGGCUUGGAUUGUUCUGCGUCUGGCCACCUGCCCCGAAGUUGUGGAGGAACUCUACGAAGAGCAGCUCCGUGUUCUUGGCAGUGACCUCCCGGCCCUCACCUACGAGGGGCUUCAGAAGCUUGAUCUGCACUCCAAGGUGAUCAAGGAGACUCUCCGCAUUCACGCACCGAUUCACUCGAUCAUUCGCGCUGUUAAGAACCCAAUGCCCGUUGAUGGAACUCCUUACGUUAUUCCCACCAGCCACAAUGUUCUCUCUUCCCCCGGCGUUACCGCCCGAUCAGAGGAGUUUUUCCCGAACCCACUGAAGUGGAACCCCCACCGCUGGGAUGAGGAUUCGACCGCCAAGCACGAAGACGACGAAGAGCAGAUCGAUUACGGCUAUGGUCUUGUCAGCAAGGGCACUAACAGCCCAUACUUGCCCUUCGGAGCUGGUCGUCAUCGCUGCAUUGGUGAGCAAUUUGCGUAUGUGCAGCUGGGCACAAUUUUGGCUACGCUGGUGAGGCACUUCAAGUUUUCCAGCCCGCCCGGCGCGUCUGGCAUUCCUGAAACCGAUUACUCGUCGUUGUUUUCGAAACCUUUGGGCAAAUCAUUUGUUUCUUACGAGAAGCGUGGAACCAAGGCAUAG